AUGAAGUACAUCAAGUUCAGAGUUCGGCCUAAUCAACGCGCACCUUUACAGCCUUUAGACAACCUCACCAGUGGAACCGAUUCUGAUGCCUUUACACCACUGUUUGUUAAACCACUAGCUGUUAAAGUUAGUGAACCAAUACCUCCACUUUGUUCUCCACCUUUAGUCCCAAUGCAUAUAUUUACACCAACAUCUUCUAUCCAACAUGUUGAUAAAAACCAAUUACAAGUCUCAUCUUCUAUUAUUUCUAAGUCUUUUAAACCUUUGGCCUGCAAAGUGUCAGCGUCAGAUGGUCCAAAAACAAAACGAGCAAAUAGUACUCAUGCUGUGCUCCAUGAGCUCAAUGUUCUUUGCAACGAUGCAGGCAUCGAUUCUGACACAGUCCAAGCUGUGCGAUAUGGUCAAGCUGUCAUUUUGCAAAUAGAAGCUCUUAUUUCACAACGGCUGGACAUUUCAACAGUGACGCAUUCAACAGUGAAAGCAAUACCAUUAUUGAAAAGCGAACAAAGAAAAGUUCCUUUGUUUUGUACUCCGGAUGAUCUAGCAAAUGCAGAUAUUGUUUUAUCUGAUGAAAUAUAUCAGUGGAUGCUUCAAGAAGGUGGCCGUGAUUCCAAUGAUCUUUGUGAGCGUUUAUUAAAUCUCCUUUUAUCAAUUGAUUUGGCAAAACAACUUAAUCGAAGUGGGAAAAAUGGUAAAUUAAAACUUCCAGUGAAGUUAGAGAAAUUCAUAAAGGACUGCGUUUUGACAAAAUUUCCAAAUGAAACUCGCAAUGUUGUAGAGUUGCGCAUCAAACGAUUUUUGCAUAAUGCAAAGGACAAGAAUGGUGGAAGGGCUGCAAGGCGAAAUUCUAAAGUUCCUAAAGAAGCUGUUGAAUGCAAUGACUUGAUUAUUGCAAAAAAUAAUAAAGAUUUUGACAAUGAGCAUCCUGGUCCGAAGUGCCAAAAUGCUGCUCACGGUGAAUUGUCAGUACACAAAAAACGUCGGAAGCUCAACCAAUCCAAUUUAUUUGAUAAAUCAACUGAUUAA